CACGCAACAACUUCCGGAUUCACAAAAAAAAAUCAAAACUGAAGUCUGGCUGAAAUGCAAAAGCUUUCAACCACUGAUUGUGUUAAACAGUCCAUUAAGACCAUGGCUGAUCAGCAGGAUGGUGACAGCCAGGCAUCUGCUGGGAAAAGUCCUGCAGGUUCAAAGUUGGACAGCUUGUCAAGAGAAGACAUGAUCAAGUUUGUUAAGAAACAGAUGUUAAUGCUUCAGAAAACAAGAUCUAAAUGUGAUGAAUUGACAAAGAAAGUUAAAGAUUUGGAAUCAAGUAAAGCUGAAGGGACAGCUGGAGAUGGCAACUCUGUAAAGGAUCUGGAAUUAAAACUAAAAGAACUUGAAGAUGAAAAACAAGAUAUUCUAACUGCCUACCAGACAGUGCAGCAGACACAAGAAUUAUCCAUACAGAAGUUCCAUGAUGUUGAGUCCCAUUGUACUGAGUUAACAGAACAAAAGGGUAAUCUAGAGAAACAGCUUGCUUUAAUAAGUCAGUCAAAAAAGGCACUAGAAGAGGAAAUUGAAUGCCUUAAGAUGAAGGAUGAGACAUUGGGAACCUCUCUACAGUUUAUGCAAGAAGAACAAGGCAAGAUGAGUGCAGAAAAUGAGCAUUUGAAAGAGCAAGUCCAUCUGUUAACUGAUGCCAGAGAUCAGAUGAUGCAGAAGUUGAAAUCUAUGAAACAACAGCAGGAAACAGAUACCCAGCAACAAGUGCAGGAACUAGUAAUAACUAAAGAUAGAUUACUUGCAGAUCUAGAACAGUCUGGAGAAGAACAACAGAAAUAUAAGAAAAGAAUUGCAUCAUUAGAGCAAGAGGUUGAUUUAUACAUGUCUGAACUAAAUGAAGAAAAAAGAAAAGUAGAAGAUUUCACACAAAACAUGAAAACAUUAGAAGAGAAAAAUCAAGAAAUGGAAAAGAGCUUACAAAAUGAAGAACAACUUAAGGAAGAAACAAAAAGUCAAAUUCAGGAAUUACAAUCUCUGAAUGAAAAAUUACAAGAAGAGAAAACUGUUCAAGAUAAAGAAAUUGAACUUUUGAAAUCUUCAUCUGAUACAGUAAGUACUGAAGAAAAGAAAGAAGUAAACACUAAUGUAGAAAAGGAAAAUCUACAAUCGGAAAUUGACAGAUUAAAGGAAACUAUAUCUACCCAAGAGACAAAUGCUGAAAAGAUGAAAGAAAUGAUGCAGGAAAGACUGGAGGAAUUUAAAAAGCAUGCAGACUCCUUUGAAAACUCAAAAUUUGAAAUGUCUGAAAAAUAUUACAAACUCUCUGAAGAAUAUGGUGCCUUGGAGGAUGAAAAAGAAAAACUAGUAAAGUCUAAUGAUAAUCUUGAAUCUAUGAUUGAAAAAUUAAAACUAGAACUUGCAAAUCAAGACGGUGCUGCAGCAUCAGCUAAAUGUGAGGUUGACAAAGUUAAACAGAAAAUUGUGCACAUCAAUGAAGAGCUUAAUGCUAGGAAUAAGAAUAUACAAGAAGCUAAUAUUUUUGUUGCACUUGAUCAGAUUAAGAAAAUGUUGAUAGAUCAGCUUGACAAACCUGCAAAAGGUCAGAAACAAGGGAAAUCUAAAGCAGCUAGUCCCUAUGGGAGUAAGUCUGAUAUUUCAAAAGGAUCAAACACUUCUUCAAGGUCAAAUAGUCCAAACAGUCCUGCAGAUCUUCUGAAGAAAUUAGAAGUUUGCCAGGCAGAACUGAAAAAAGAAAAAGAGCAUACAGCUUACUCAGUUAGUGAGCUCCAAGAAGAAAAAGAAUUGCUCAGACAUGAGGUUCAAUUAAUGAAAGAUCAAUUAGGAGAAUGGGAAAAUAUGAUGGAGAUGUUAAAAUCUGAAAAAGAGGCUAUUCUUCAGGAAAUUGAUGAAUUUGAUGCCCGUGAAAAAACAAUUAUUGAAGAUCUGAAUUUUUUGAAAAAUGAGCUUGAUCCUAAAGAAGUCUUAAAAGAGGAUGAGGUUGUAGAAGAUGGUGAGACAGAUUUAAGUGAUGAUGUUUUCAAAUCUGAGCAUAGUGCUGUCAUUCAGUUAAUGAUUGACGUGAAGGAACAGGUAAAAAAACUAAUAGCAGAAAGAGAUGCUUUAAAACAGGAAGAAAAACUGAUAGCAGAAAAAGAUGCUUUAAAAAAGGAGGAUAAAUCAGAUGAUAAGGUAGACAACUCUCUAGAAAUUCAAGAACUUAAAAACCAAUUAGAUAAGAUAUCUUCUGAAAAAGAUUCUUUGGAAAGAGAAAAGGAGUCAUUGGGUGUUCUUAUGCAACUUGCACAGGAAAAGGAACAAAAUGAAGCAGAAGAAAUUUCAGUGUUGAAAUCUAAUAUUGAGGGAAAUGAAAAACAAAUUUCUGAAAUGAUGAAUUCUGUUGAAAUAAGCAAAACGGAAAUAGAAGAUUUUAAAAGUCAGAUCCAAAGUUUAAAGGAAGAAAAUGGAGACCUCAGUAAAAUGAAAGAGGAAAUUGAUUUAAAAUUAAAUGAAAGACAAUCAUAUACUCAAGAACUUGAAGAAAAAUUACUUGGUAUGUCACAGAAUUUGUCUGAAAGCAAAAGAAAGUAUGAAGAAUCUUUAUCUAACUUAGAAUCUGAUGAACAGAGUUCUAAAUCCUCAUUGCAAGAAGAAAUGGGAAAGAUAACCAGUGAAAAUUCUACAUUGAAAUCAGAAUUAUCUGAACUUACAUUAAGAGUUGAAGCAAUUAAUUCAGAAAAAGAAGAGAUUUCUUUAAAACUUGCUGAAAAAGAUGAAUCUUUGAUACAAAUACAGUCAGAUAAAGAUGCAAUCACGAAACAAUUGGCAAACUCUUUGGAAAAAAUGCAGGAAUUGAAAAUUGAAAAGGAAAAUAUUGAAAAAUGUUUAGAAGAGGAAAGGAUUGCUGUUUCUAAACUAAAAGAAACAUUAAAUGAAACUGAAGAAAAACUUUUAUCUUUGAAAUCUUCUAUUGAGUCUGAGCUUGCUUCUAAAGAUCAAACCAUCAAUGAACUGAAACAAAGUUUAGAACUAAGUGAAGAGGAUAAAAAGAAAGUGCAAAACGAAACUGAAAAUUUACAGAAAGAAUUGAACAAUUUACAAGAAGUUCACAAUUUAGAAAUAUCAAAAAUGAGAGAAGAAAUUCAUGAAGAAAAUGAGAAGUACAAAAAAGUCACAGAAGAAAAAGAAAACCUAGUAGAAGAAAAAGAAAACCUUAUAGAUGAAAAUAAAAAUAUGCAAACAUUAAAAGCGAAUCUUGAACAUGAAAGCUCUUCACUCAAGGAAGACAUUGAAAGUUUAACAAAUCAAUUAGAAAAUUUUAAGUCUGGGAAUGAAUCCUCUCAAAAUGAGACAAUAGCUCAAUUUGAGUUGAGAAUUACCAAACUUAAAGAGGAGCGAAAUCAGUUUUAUGGUGUGGUUCAGGAACGUGAAUCGCAAAUAGAGCAAAUGCAAAAGGUUGUUGAUGAUAAGUCUGAGGAAAUGAUGUCACUGAAACAGGAAGUAGAGGAAAGGGGCCAGACAGUGACACUCUUCAAACAGGAUAUUGAAAAGUUGUCUGCUGAAAAUCAAAAUUUGAAAGAAUCUUGUGAUGAAUUAAAUAAUAAGCUAAUAGGCUGUGAUACUGAAAUUCAAGAACUCAAAGUUUUGAAUGAGGGUUUGAAGGAAAAUUUGAAUUCUCAGUUAGAAGAAAACAAAAAUGUUCAGAGUAGCUUGAAAAAGUUUGAAGAAGACAAAGAACUCUUGCAAAGUGAAAUAACUGUUCUGAAGAGUUCCACUUCCCAAAAUGAAGAAGCUAUGAAAGAAAUGAUUACAGUUGUCAAAGAAAAAGAUUUGAUAGAAAAAGAAAUGUCUGAAAAAAUAACUGCAAUAGAAAAAUUAGAAAUAGAAAUGAAUGAUAUCAAAACUAAAUUUGAUGAAAGUGUUACUCAGAGAACCUCAUUAGAGGCAGAAAAUAAUCAAAACUUAAAACAGUGUGAGGAAUUGCAAUCAGAACUGUUAGCUUUGAAGGAUGGUUCAUCUUCCACUGAACAGGAAUUUGCAAAUGUCAAAGUUCAGUUAGAGAAAUUAACCAAUGAAAAGCUAGAAGCUGAAAAGCUGUAUCAGGAAAUUAAUGAACAGUAUAAGAUUAAAAAUGAUGAAUGUGAGAAUCUUAAAAGGGUAAUAGAUCAACAUGAAGAUGAAUCCAGGGUAAUAAAAGUACAAAGUGAACAAUUGAUGCAAGAAAAAGACACCACUAGUGAACAAUAUUCUAGUGAAAUACAAUCAGUCAAAGAUGAACUUGAUCAUGUAAAUCAUGAAAACAAUGAAAUGAAAACAGAAAUGGAAGAUCUAAAAAAUAAAUAUACUUCUCUUGAAGAAAAAAUUAUUCAGAUUCAGACUGAAAAAGAACAGGUAGAGGAAAAAGUAAUUCAGUUUCAGACAGAAAAAGGACAAAUGGAGGAAAAAAUAAGUCAGUUUCAGAUUGAAAAAGAACAAGUAGAGGAAAAAGUGAAUCAGAUUCAGACUGAAAAGGCACAAGUAGAGGAAAAAGUGAAUCAGAUUCAGAAUGAAAAGGCACAAGUAGAGGAAAAAGUGAAUCAGAUUCAGACUGAAAAGGCACAAGUAGAGGAAAAAGUGAAUCAGAUUCAGAAUGAAAAGGCACAAGUAGAGGAAAAAGUGAAUCAGAUUCAGAUUGAAAAAGAACAAGUGGAGGAAAAAGUAAUUCAGAUUCAGACAGAAAAGGCACAAGUAGAGGAAAAACUAAGUGAAAUGAAAGAAAACGAAGUAAAACAGACAAGUCAGGUAUCCACUGAAAAAGGAGUAUUAGAAAAGACACUACACGAAAAGGAAGCAAUUGUUACAAAGCUUAAACAAUUGGUUGUUAAAAGUAAGAAGGAGGCAACAGAAUUAAAAAACAAGCAUGAUGCUAUGAAAACCCAGUAUGAAUCUGUAGAAAAGGAAAAAGAAACCCUUCAGAGCCAACUAGAUAAUUUGAUGAAAGAUCAGGAUGCUGAUAAGCAGCUGAUGGACAGUCUAAAGACACUACAAGAUGAACACAGCAGGACUUUGGAAGAGCUUCAUAAAGCUAAGAAAAUUGAACAGGAAUUUGAAGCAGACUUGCAAAAGACAGUUCAUGAUUUAUCUAAUCUCAAAGAACAACUGGCUUUGUCAAAAGAAGAGAAAGAACAAUUAAAUAAACAAAUUGAAAAACUGACCUCAGAUUUAAAAACCUCAGAAUCCAGUAUAUCUGAUCUAAGUAGCAGGUUAAAAUCAACAGAACAAGACAAUGCAGCAAACAAAAUACAGAGAGAAGAAUUAUCUAAAGAAAAACAACAGCUUCAAGCAGCUAUGUCGGAACUAGAAGACAGUAGAAAGAAAGAUCAAGAGAAACAUUCAGAACAAGUCAGUGGUUUACAGCAACAGAUACAGAUAAUGGAAAAGGGGUUACAAAUGGCUAAACAAGAAAGUAAACAAAGUAGUAUGAUGGACUUGGAAAUGGCUGACUAUGAAAGGACUGUGCAGAUAUUGAACAGUCAACUUGCUGAACGUGACCAGUCCCUCACAGAGUUAAAAACAGAGGUCAAAAGAUUAGAAGAUAGAAAUAAAGUGUUGAAAGAACAGAUAGAUUCUGUUGAAGAACAGAGAAUUCAGGCAGAUGAUAGAGCAAAUAAAAUGAAAACCAUGCUUGUGAAAACCAAGAAAGAAUUGAGUGAUGCCAAAAAAAUGGAUGCUCAUCAGAAGACAUCUGAUGCACAGUUACGAGGACAACUAGAACACCUCACUCAACAAAUAGAAGACUACAAGGUUCAAAUGUCUGAGGUUGCAGGAGAAAAACAGAAAGCAAUAGAAAAGUUCCAGUCCAUAUCAGAAUCCAGUCAGAGGACUGUGAAAACCCUUGAGACCAGGAUACAGUCACUACAGAAUGAUGUAGCACUGGCUAACAGUGAACUGAACACUGUACAAGCUGACUAUGAUGGUUAUAAGGUCAGAGUUCACAGUGUAUUGAAUAAACAAAAGAGGACCGAAACGGUAUCAGAAAUGGACAAACUAGAAAAGGAAAGAUUAGAAAAGGCUGUUGAUCAACUAAAGACUAAAUUACAGACUAUUAGUGAAAAUCUGACAUCUUCUCAACAAGAAAAUGAACUUUUACAAGAUGAACACAAUAGAUUACUAGCAAGACAUAAUAAAUUGUUACAAGAAUCACAGGAGAAAGAAACUGCUUUAAGAAAGAGAUUAGAAGAUUUGAAUAAUGAGAAGUCAGCAGUAAACAGAGAACAACAACAUGCCAUGCAACAGUUACAUUUACAGAAUCAGAAUCUUACUUUGUCAUUUAAGGAACAAAUUAAAGCUCUCAAAGAGGAUCACCAUAAAACCACUGAAAUGUUACAACAACAGUUGGAGAGAGCAGAACAUGAAAACUUCCGUCUACAGCGAGAUCUACAGCAGCAGAUGCAACAUGUUACUAGGGUAACCACUGAAAGUCCUGUACUCUCCUCCCCAGUGGAAUACACUGAUAUCAGACAUGUAGAAAGACAGGAGGGGGAGGGUUCAGAAAUAGUUGAACCAGAGCCCUGUCAGAAGACUUAUUCUGUUCCUGUGUCAUCACCAUUACCUUUGGACCAAUUACUAACAUCGGCAUUCGAUGAAUUAGGUAUGAAAAUGAGACCAUUACAAAAAGAAGAUACACUGAAAGAAAACUUGUUUACAGCUGAAAAGAAGAUAGAACAUUUAACUGAGUUGCUGAAUGAUGGGGAGGCUACAAUAAUGAGAUUAACAGAACAGGCUAAAAUCUUGAAGGAAGAAAUAAGAAGAAUGGAAAGAAAUCAAAGGAGGGAGGAAGAAACUUCAAACAUGGAAUAUCUUAAAAAUAUUUUGCUCAAAUAUAUAAGUCUAAAGGUUGGAGAGGAGAGACUGCAGCUAGUACCAGUACUAACAACAAUGUUGAAACUAAGUCCUGAGGAGAAAGCCCAGCUAGAUGCUGCAGCACAAGGUGAGGAAGUGCAAGCUGAAGGUCAAGGUGCAGGAUGGGGAUCAUACCUACAUAGAUGGUCUGGUCUAGUUUAGUCCAGGAUAUUACAUGCAGACAUUAAAACAAGACUUAUAUCACAACCCUACAUUACAAGACGGCUCAGACAGCAGUUCUUAUAAAUAUUUUUUUACAAAAAGUAUCUCUAGACAUUCCAAUGACUAUAGACCAGUUAUCAUUGCUAGUCAAGCCCUGGUAUUGUGCAAUUCACAUUAUAGAAAUCAUGUGGGAUAAUGAAGAUUUCAGUCAUCUUAGUUGAUCAUUUAUCAUAAAAUGCUUAUUAAUUUCAUUUUGAAAUUACUCUAUAGAUUCCAAACACAUUAGUGUAAUUAAUAUCAUAUAUGAGCAUAAUCUUAAGUUUCUCAUUUAUUAUCCAGUAAAUUUUGAACAGAAAAGGGAUGUUUGGCAAUUAAAAAAUCACUUGCAUCAAUUUCAUGGCAAGUAGGUUUUUAAAGGCAUGUUUUAAGUACAUUAAGUAGACUUCAUAGAUUUUGUUUACAGAAGACCCCAUUGUUAAUUCAUUUAAAAAAAUAAUAUACAUUGUUAAAGAAAAACCAGAGAGUUACAAAUCAAACAUCUAAGAAUUUUUAAAGAAAAUAAACUUACAUAAAAUUUAAGUGCUAUUUUGGCACCUAAUGUUACCUUCUUCAUAGAAUCCUUGUUAAGUUUAGUAGAUAGAUUAGUACCUACAAUCUGUUUUGUAUAUUUAUUUUGUUGGGGAAAUUAUUAGGUCAGCUAUUUAUAGGUGUUAAACUCCUUAAAUAUUAAUUGGAGCCUUGAAAUUGUUUUAAAAUCCAUCCUUGAAAAGCAACACUCCCCUUAUGUUUAAAUUAGAUUUUCCGUCAUAAAUUAUGGUUAUAAGUAGCAGUUUUUGGUUUACAAAUAAUAAUUAAAAUACAUAUUUCUAUUUUGGAUAAUAUAACAGAACUACCCAUAAUUCUUAACAAUGGAAAUAUCAUACUGAUUUUCUGAUGUUUACAUUCAAUUAGGUUUAGUGUUGAUCUUUAGAAUUUUUCUUGAAACGUUUGUAAUUAAGUAGAAAAGUAUUUAAUGAUAAAAUAUCUUAAUAAGUCGUACCAAAAUGGUGUUAAACAAAUUUUUGAAUACUGGUAUUUAUUUAUUUAGUUGACAUGGUCACCUAUGGUUUUUAGUUCCCAUGUAUACCUUGAGAUUAUAUUAGUGAUGUAUGCAUCAUAUUUUUGAGGAUAAAAACAUACCAUAUUAUAAUCAUCACAAUUCAUUUCAUUAAGGUUUCAUUCAAACAAAAAAUUGUUUCUUAUUUCUUAAUGAUCUCCUGUUCAUCUAGUAUUCAAUAUAAUGCUGAGUUCACACGUCAUUCGAAUUUGAUUCGCAUUAACUAAUUCGAAUUAGUUUAAUUCCCAUUUGAAACGUUUUACGUCCUAACGUCAAUUCUACUUCGAAUUAUAAUGCGCAUCAAAUUCGCUUCACUGUCCAAACGACGUUAAUUUUUAAUUCCUUUUCACAAAAGUGUAUUUCUAAUGCAAAUUGGAUAAUUCAAAUUAGCCAAUUCUAAUUAAAAAAGAAGAGUGUGUGAACACGUUAAGCGAAUUCGAUUCACAUUUGAUUCGAAUACAAUUUGAAUUAAAUGUCCGUGUGAACGAGGCAUAAAUGUCAAGUGAAGCAACAUCAUUAAUACAGAAGUUAUAAUUCAAAGCUGAAAUAAAGUUAGUUUAGAAGUGCAUAGUUUUGCAUGAUAAAAUUUACAUAUUUUUCUACUUUAUAUCUGCACAUUCUUUGUAUACAUAUGCAACUACUUUUCUGUCAUUGCGGGAUAUUAUUUACAUAGCUAUCAAAGAUGGUACUACAAUUUUUUCAGUGCAUUGCAAUUUAAAAAUAAGUUGACAUUACAUGGAGUAGACCAUCACUUAGGGCCUUCACUUGGAUCUAAACCUAACCAACCAUAUGUGGUUCAAUCCUGCUUAUUUGACAUAGUAUCUAGAUUGCCUUAUUAAAAAAAAUGUUUGUGUUCAAAAUGACAAAAAGAUCAUAAUUUUUUAUUGAUUCAUUAUGUGCCUUUUAAUUCUAGUGAUUCUGAUACAC